CAUUCCAGAAUUCCACCACGACAGUUGACGAAACGGGGCAACCCGAUUCCCACACUAGCCCACAGCGUAUAAUCACAUUUCCCGUUAAUUUUUUCCUUCCCAACCACCAAACCCCUCCCAUUUUUCUCCUCCCCAACCAUCGCAAAAGCUUAAGCUACUUCCUCUCCUCCUCGUCCUCCUCUGCUCGGCGCCAAGAAGGAGAGAGCCGAGAGGGUGUGGAUCGAGCAGCUAGCCGCCAUGGACCGCUCCAAGUCGUACGCCGGCGGGCGGACGACGAUGCAGAUAGAGCCCUACUACGGCGGCGGGGGAGGCGGUGGCGGGGGGAGGCCGGUGGACUUCCGGUCCUACUCGUACAGCGGCGGCGGCGGCGGCGGGAGAGGCGGCGCGGGGGCGUCGUCGUACCAGUACCAGUACGAGUACGGCGGAGGCGGGAGUGGGAAGGUGGGGUACUGGGGGUCGGUGGCGGAGGAGGAGCGGGGGACGGGUCAGGCGGCGGCGGAGGCGGCGGCGAAGCGGAGCAAGUCGAAGCGGCGGUGGCUGGCGCUGGGUGACCCGGACAUGGAGCGGAAGCGGCGGGUGGCGUCGUACAAGGCCUACUCCGUGGAAGGCAAGGUCAAGGGCUCCUUCCGCAAGAGCUUCAAGUGGAUCAAGGAUCGCUACCUCCACCUCGUCUAUGGCUGGUCCUAGCUAUUCUACUAGCUACUCCCAUCGAUCGAUCGAUCUCUUCUUCUCUUUCAGAGUUCAGAGUUCAGAGUUCAGACAGCAGCAACCAACCAACACCACAUCGAUCAUCCCCUGCAUCAACUGUAUGCGUAGUUUCAUAUCUUCUUCUUCGCCUUCGCUUCUCUUUUUCAAUUUAUUUUCCUCUGGUUUUGGCUUUCUCUUCUUGUUUUGAUGCUCGAUCAUAGCAACGACUGAAGGUAUAUUACAAAAAUUACAAAUAUAUAUAAAAAAAGCUUCUUCUUUUGUCAUCUUCUUUUAUUAGUUGUUGUUCUUGCUCAAAGUCUUGAAGGUGGCAAAGCAAUCAAAAUCUGGUGUAUAUGUAGCUAAAUGAGUUGUUCCUAUAGCAUCUUGAACGAACGAAUCUCUAUGCUUAUAUGGAUGAGUGGUUUAUGUGAU